CCUGACAAAAACACAUUGUCGUGAGGUGCUUGCAAGUCUUUUUUGAGAGGGCGUUUGAAAGGGUCGGCGGGAUCAUGUGGAAUGAUUAAGUCUUCACUGACGGACAAGCCCGUUGAAUGCUCUGGUUGGAGUUGACGAACAAGAUUUUGCUCAAGGCUUAAGGUUAUAUGACAUUUGCCGAAGACAAGUGCCACCAGAGAUGCAAGAAGAAGAGGCCAAAAUGACCCUAAAACUGCCGUUCCAUUGCGAAGGCUUGACGUCAUCAGAGGACACAGGCUCGGUAUACACGUGUCACGAUUCAGAGGAAGAGAGUUCAAGUGUGACCCACACCGGCCUCUGUCUUCAGUACUUAACUCAGAAAAAAUGCACAAAAAACGCUGGUUGCUCUGACUACCACUCAGAAUUGCCUUACCUGUGGCAAAUUCUUAAGGACGGGCAGUGGGAAAAUCUCAGGCGGAAUGAAGCAAUUGAGCGAGCCUUCAGUAGGCCACAAAAUCACAGCUAUAGGCUCACGUCAACAGAAAGUGAUUCGCUCAUCGGGUACCUGGACUUUGACACCAUGAAGUGCUACGGUCCACAGACCGGGUCCGUCCGUCGCCUGUCAGUACCGUCAGUGGACCGCUGGGUCUGGUACUCCAAGGACAGUUAUGAAGAAUGGGUCAAAUUUGGAGAAAAGAAUUCCUGGGGAAUCACCACCGAGCUGACAAGUGCCGAGAUUGAAGAGGUUUAUUCCCACAAGCCUCGUGCCACAAUUAAAUACAAAGACAGCUUGCUGGACUUGACAGAGAUGCAUCAAUGCACAGCAAAAUGGAAGCGGCCUAUCAGGCGACGGCCAGAGUUUCAAAGAAGGGCAGAGGAGGUCAGCACAAUGGUCACAAAGCAAAGCUUUGCGGAAGAAGAAAACAUACCGCAGCUCUUCAAAGUCAGCUAUGAGCAAGACUAUACGAUGUCAGUGCUGAACCAGUGCAGUCCUGAGUACAAUACUGUGGCUGAAACCUUCCAUAAAAAAAUGUUCAAAACAUAUUUCACCAUUUCCAGCAUCAAAAGGGUAAACAACCCCGAUCUCUGGGACAUAUACCAAAGGAAAAAAGAAAAGAUGGCAAGAGACAACGGCAAAGAGAACUUGAAUGAACAGCGACUGUUUCACAAGACAAGACCAAACGCAUUAAAUUCCAUCUGCCGCAGAAAUUUUGACUCUCGCUACUCCAGGAAUGUACUCCGGCUUGGCAGGGCUGUUUAUUUUUCGUGGAAUCCCUACUAUUCUCACACGUAUUUCGAAAAACACCGCAAUUCCACAGGGGGGCAUGGCUGCAUGUUCUUGGCCCGGGUCCUUGUUGGGAAGAGCUGUCCCCCGGAACGGAUGCACCCAUGUUUCCUUCACACGCCCUCCAAAGACGCAUCCCUGGUGAACGUCUACGACAGUGCCGUCGACGACCUGAAAAAUCCAUUGAUCUUCGCGAUAUUUUACUCUGAUCAGAUCUACCCAGAGUACAUCAUAAACUACUAUUAAAACUGAAUUACCAAACGUCAUAAGGACGACGCCUUUUAUUUUUCCACUGCAGAACUGAGCCGGAUCAGGGCCGUGCCGAGCCAGCCCGGUGGAGCUCAGGAGUCAGCAGGGCAUAUGUUUUUUUUUUUCCCCCACCGCAGAAGCCGUGACCGUCAGCAUAUUGCCGCCACCACACACGUAGCGAACGAGUCUGAACAUUCAGAAGCUGCGUUUGAUGUCAAGUCCAAUGAACGCAUCUCGUUUGGACCCGCCCCUGGCCUUGCUGUGGCCUCGAGCCUGAGUCAGAUGUCCAUUGAAGCCAGCGGAGCAAGGUUUGGUUCUGGCCAGGCUCGGCAAAUAGCCAGUGGAAAAGUCAACUAAGCUGUGAGGGCUCCAUGCUAGCUCAGCUUGGAUGUGCCAGUGGAAAAGGGUACGAGGGAUUAAACGUUUUCACAUUUUAUGCAAUUUGUGAAGAUAUAAUACAAAAGGUGACUAAGGGAAUGUCACCUUUCUCUUUCUCCAUAUACACCGUGUGCCCCCCCCCCCACAGACAAUGUGGAUUGAACUUGAUUUUAUCGUCACGGGGAAAUACGGCAGUGCUAGGUGAGGGAGAAUGCUGCGGCACCUGAACAGCCACAUUAUACCCCUUUUCCAUUGGCAUAUCCGAGCCGAGCCGGCGCGUGGAUGGAUGGUUUUCCACUGGAAAGCAAAGACAGAACCAAACCACGAUACGUUGACCUCACAAGGCGGCUGAAUCGGGCUCGGGGCCAAACAGGGCCUGGCGUUCAUUGCACGACGUCAGUGAGUGUGCCAUGAGGCCACAGCAACGCAGCAUCACCGUGUCAUCUAAAUGCGUCUGAGAAUCAUUCAUUGCGUAUGAAGUCAAUGACACGGUUCGGCUUCUGCAGGGAAAAAAACACGACCUGAUGCCUCCUAAAGUCCAGUUGUGUAUUGGAAAAGAAGAAUUACUAUUCACCGCAGCCCUCAUGUCGGAAUUGAACAAGCAGAGUUGGUAAAGGUCACAUUGUCAUUUUUUCAAAGUUGUAUUUAGGUGAAAAUACAUUGAAUAUUGUAACGUGAUUACUUUUCCUGUUAUUUCAUAACCAUCAAAGUUGUACGUGCAUUCACAUCUGUACGUUGAACUUCUUUCGCACCGUACAUAGCCAACCGUGCUAAUUGGAGGUGCAUGCAAUAAGUCUUGUAACAACGUGGGAUUUCAUCACUGAUGCCAGCCACAAUGCUCAACAGACCACAUUAAAUUUGUAUUUAAUCAUGAAGGGAGUGGUUUGCAUUGCAGCAAGCGCAUUGCACUGUGAACUCGGCGACCCAAGAUAAAUUCCUGGCUGUGGAAAAGCAUCAAUAGCGGGUUAUAUCGUAACUGAUUCUGGGCCAUCUAUUUUCCUGACCCUAACUGACCAGUGUGGUGAAGUAUGGUCACACAAUCACCAUGGCGUGGGGAAACCUAUAUCUGUUUAACACGUAGGCUUUCGCGACCAAUAUUUUUCAUAAUAAACGUUUU